AUGCCUCCAGAGGGGUGUGCAGGGGACCAACCUCUUCAUAAACUUUUUUGCGACGAAGUUGAAGAAUUCCUAGCAUCCAAUCCGCAGCCGCAAGACAGCUACCAAACUACAUACAAGCUCGGGUUAGUCCUUCACGAGAUGAAUACCAGCGCUGAAGUUGAGCUGGAGCUCACUUGGGUCAGGACAGAGCUUGAUAUCGAUCACGAUACAGGGUACUGGUCGUUACUCCGCAAUGUUUCUGGCUGGCUCAAAUCAGCAGAAGCCGCGAUUCACGCUCGGCACGAUAGAAAGAUCGAGAUCUGGAGUUCUACAGACAAGGAGAACUUGGCCAGCAAUGAUAAUGUUAGGCUCCUGGCUAGUAAUGGAAUGAAGUUCAACAUGCAAGAUGAGGCCGAUGGCGGCAAUUUCGAAGGUCCAAUUGUGGUCAUGGCUGUAAGCAAGUAUUCUGAUCGCGUAUCAGAGUAUCGAGACUUUGCUGCUGCAGAUCUUCGGAUUUUAUUGUCCUGCUUCCUUCAGGACACUUUCUUCUACGAAAUCGACGAUGAGACCGACUUCACCACAACAAGUAAGUAUAUCCUAUUCGAUCAACCGGAAUGGAUUCAAGGUGUGGCAAUUUGGAACUCGGGAACUCCCAACAUGUUUCACGUCAACUUGCAGCUUGUCAUGAUCAACAGGAAUCACCCCAAAGUUGAAAGAUAUGACCACAAAUCAGCAAUAUCUGAGCAUAUGGACAUCCCUCUGCUCUUCCUCGAAUAUCCCAAGAAACCCGGCGACCUCCGCGACUACACCAACAAGACAGCCUACCGAGAGGAUGGGCAGGCUGUUACACUUCAACAAAUUGAAGCACUUUCGGCUUACUGUCAGUUUGUUCUCAGCCGCGCUCUGGAACCGCCGGAGGACUGGACAUGGGAACCCGAAGACAAGAAGGCUGUGCUUGAUGUCUGGUGCUCAGCUGAGAAGUUUGGGAAGUACUUCGAAAUCUUCAAGAAGGGAAAGUUGGCGGAGGACAAUGAGGCUAGCGCUGAGUGGGCCGAUGCUUUGCCACCUCCCGGAAUGAGAUCUGCUGGUAUCGUCGUUGAGGAGAAUCUCGAGUCGCCAUUGCCGAAGGAACGGGACGAUGACACACCAGAGCAGAGGCGCCGACGAGUACUUAAGUACGCUGAAUCUAGAGCUAAAGUUGCAAUGUCAGACCCUGAUAUCUUGUAA